GUUUUAUUUGAAUAGCCUCUUUAUUCUGUAAAUAAAUGAUGGUUUAUUUCUAUUAACUUAGUUAUAAAGACAACUACAAUCAUAACAACAAGAAGCUAGCUUCAAAAGGUACUAUUAUUGGUCAUUAUUUGAGGUUUCUUGAAAAAAAAAACUCCCCAUGAAUGAAAUGGAUUGUUUUCCUGAAGUUAAAGGGCUACUACAUCGUAAUAAAUAAUGCACCUAUCCAUACAUCCAAUCAAAUUGACGAGGAUGGUAGUUGCAAAGGAGAGCGGUACAAAAGUGUCUACCUCCCUCUCUCUCUCCCUCCCUCCCUCCCUCCUUAUUCUCCCUGAGCUUAACCUCCUCCUCUCCAAAUAGGAGAAUUUUGAGUAAUUGUCAAAAAUAAGAUUAAGUGUAGCUCAUUUGAAGCUACUGAGGAUUUGGCUACUCGAAUUACUGAAGCUUGUAACUUUGUUCCUCCUAAAGAUCAGCAAGCACUUGCUCAGCAC